ACCGUAUAUCUAAAAACUUGAUCAACAGUUAUACUGUGUCCAAUUUUUUCCUUCAACACUAGUUGCUUCUCCUUCUGCUCCUCCUCAUCCUCCUCCUAUGGCGAGCGCAUACCAAGAGCAACUACCGGCAUCACCAGACUGGCUAAACAAAGGCGACAACGCAUGGCAGAUGACGGCGGCGACACUCGUCGGCCUCCAAAGCAUGCCGGGACUGGUUAUACUCUACGCAAGCAUAGUAAAGAAGAAAUGGGCUGUCAAUUCGGCUUUCAUGGCUCUCUAUGCUUUUGCAGCGGUUCUAAUAUGUUGGGUCCUUGUGUGCUAUCGCAUGGCCUUCGGUGACCAGCUUCUUCCAUUUUGGGGGAAAGGAGCACCAGCACUAGGUCAAAAGUACCUAAUAGGACAAGCCAAGGUUCCUGAAACCGCUCAUUAUUACAAAAAUGGUAAACUUGAGAAGGCUAUGGAGACACCCUUUUUCCCUAUGGCUUCCAUUGUGUAUUUUCAGUUCACUUUUGCGGCAAUAACAAUGAUCUUGCUGGCUGGUUCUGUUCUUGGGCGCAUGAACAUCAAGGCUUGGAUGGCUUUUGUGCCUCUUUGGCUCAUAUUUUCUUACACUGUUGGUGCUUUCAGCCUCUGGGGUGGUGGCUUUCUUUAUCACUGGGGUGUUAUUGAUUACUCAGGUGGCUAUGUUAUUCAUCUUUCAUCUGGAAUUGCUGGAUUCACUGCUGCUUAUUGGGUUGGGCCAAGGCUGAAGAGUGAUAGAGAAAGGUUCCCGCCAAACAACGUGCUACUUAUGCUUGCGGGAGCAGGGUUGCUGUGGAUGGGGUGGUCAGGGUUCAAUGGAGGUGCACCGUACGCCGCAAACACAGCGUCGUCGAUUGCUGUGUUGAACACUAACAUCUGUGCGGCCACUAGCCUCCUUGUGUGGACCUCUCUUGAUGUUUCUUUCUUUGGGAAGCCCUCUGUCGUUGGCGCUGUUCAGGGUAUGAUGACUGGACUUGUGUGCAUCACUCCUGGUGCAGGGCUUGUGCAAUCGUGGGCGGCUAUAGUGAUGGGAAUGCUAUCUGGAAGCAUUCCGUGGGUCUCAAUGAUGAUUCUUCACAAAAAGUCAAGCCUCCUUCAGAAGGUAGAUGACACCCUAGGUGUAUUUCAUACACAUGCAGUAGCUGGCCUAUUGGGUGGGCUUCUCACAGGUCUCUUCGCAGAACCAACACUUUGCAACCUGCUACUACCGGUAACCAAUUCAAGAGGUGCAUUCUAUGGUGGUAGUGGUGGUGUUCAGUUCCUAAAACAAUUGGUUGCAGCAUUGUUCGUAAUUGGUUGGAACUUGGUCUCAACCACCAUAAUUCUUCUCGUCAUCCAAUUGUUCAUACCUUUGAGGAUGCCUGAUGAGCAACUUGAGAUUGGUGAUGAUGCUGUUCAUGGUGAAGAAGCUUAUGCACUUUGGGGUGAUGGUGAAAAAUAUGAUCCUACAAGGCAUGGGACACAAAAUAAUAAUGGCAAUUCUUCUGUUUCACCUUAUGUUAGUGGUGCAAGAGGUGUCACCAUCAAUUUGUGAGUAGUAUAGUAGUGUUUUUUUAAUCACAAUUAUUUUUGCAUGAUAGACAUUUUGAAAUUUUAAUCAUUUAUUUCAUAAGAAUAGAUGGUUAAAAUAUCUUUGUCUAUAUUUUCAGGUAUUCAAAAAAUACAUAUUGAUGUUCUAAUAAUUUUAAUAGUUGAUCUUACAAUUAAAAUUAUUAGAAUACCAGUAUUUCUAGAAUACAUGGAAUUUUUUUUUUUUGUUUAAGUGGUAUGAGAUGUAAAUCUGUUGUAAGACUUUAUUACCCUUCUCCUUUUCCUUUGAGCUAGGUAUACUAAAACUGAAACGUCAUAAAGUUAUUAGUAUUGACACUAUAAUUAGGUUUUCUCCAUAUUUAAGAGUCAGAGAAGAGAGGCUCUACUCUACUAGUGUUGUAGCUGAGCGUUGAAGCUUUAAUUUAAUUUGUUCACUCAAUUGUAUAAAGUGGAUCUGUAUGAAAUAUCAUAGGCAAAUGAUGCUAAUUAAUUUUGAGUGUGAUGUAAGUAGAAUUUUGAUUUUCAGGAAUGAAAAUUUCUAGUUCAAUGUCAA